AUGAGCACGAAAACGCCAGAAAAGGUGCUCGAGGCUCUUCGCCGUCUCCAGGAGAAAAAUGAGCUCUCCAUCAUCAAAUUGAGCGAGCCAAUCUCAAAUUCUACGCCAAACGAUGCCCGCCAGCGCAUCUCCGACGCGUCCAACACGUCCAUUGACGGCCCUUCUCCAACCAGCCUAGACGCAGAUCUUAUUCAUUACAAAGAGCUCUUUUCCAAACUCCGAUUUUCCUAUGUCGAGCAAGUGACAAAGGAGAAGUUUAUCCGCGCAAUCGUAGGCGAUCCGCCACUCAUAGUCACGCUUCAGGAGAACCUGGAUCUUGAGCGGGAAAAUGCAGAGGCCAAAGCGCAACUUAAGAAUCUCAAGUUGGAGGUGGCAGACAUGGUUUCCGACUUGGAAGCCAGAGGGCGAGACUUGAGCAAGCGAUACGAAAAGAUUCAGCUGGAGACUGUGCGGCUAGAAGAGCUGCCUGCUAAGAUAAUCGAGUUGGAGAAUCGCAUCAAAGAGCUCAAGGACCAGAAUGAAGGGUCAGAUGCGGACCCGAAACUGCAACUGCCUCUUGCAAAGACGCUCAGCCUCGUUUCGAAGCGAAAGGCCGAGCAGCAAGAGCUCGCGCGAGAGCUUGAGGCGCUGCAAUCCAGAGUUCCCAGGAAGAGAAAGGAAGUAGAGAGACUGCAGGCUGAGUUGCAGCCGUUGGAGGUGAAACGACAUAAUAGCACUACGGCUGCGCGUGAAGCCCAGAGGAGGAAAGAGGCCGCUCUUGGUGGAGUUGCGGAUGAUCUCGAGCAGAGAGCUCGAUGGUGGAGAGCCAGCGAGAGCAUGUUGAAGCAGGUCCUUGACAUCAAGCCAUGA